CUGGCUACACUGGUUGAGAUCAUGCCGGGCGAAAUGAACCGAAUGAACAUCUUUUGGGACGAGGACGAAAUAAUCGAAGUGGGUGUCUACGAAAGACCCACAAGUCUGGAGUGCGAUACUACAAUAGCACUAAGUGAUACGGACUGCGAAAGUGACGACAUCUCUAUUAUAGCCCCUGGUAGUAACAAGAUAUCCUGCAGGGUGUCAUCCGGCAGCUGCGGGGAAUCUGAAAGCGGCGACUCUCCUGAUAUCAUUUGUGUUGAAGAUGCGUCUCAAGGAGCACACAGGCAAUGCUCCACAAUACGCAGUGUUGAAGCGAUGCCACUUUUGGACUUGGUCUCUCGACCGCCAUCGAACACCACAGCAACUAGUCCCUCGGCCGUGGUUCAUAACAGGUUGAAGUUAGUGUCCUGGAACAUCGAUGGGCUCAACGACCUGCACCUGGCUGCAAGGAUGACCUCCAUAUGCAGAAUUAUUAGGAACCUGAACGUAGAUAUAGUGUUCCUACAAGAAGUUAUCCCCCCACUAAUUGACCUGAUAUCCCAGAAUUUUGUGGACUAUGAAGUUAUAAAUGGUAACAGUGAAGGAUACUUCACUACAACCCUCUUGAGGAAGUGCUCUGUUCACUAUGUAAGUCAUUCCGUCCUCGAGUUCAGUUCAACCAAAAUGGAGCGAAACUUGACUUGCACCCAGGUGAACUUUAAUAACCAUGCUAUGCUGCUGAUGAACACGCACUUGGAGAGCAUGGGCUACUCAUCGGAAGUGCGGAAGACGCAGCUGAAAAAAUGCUUCCGACAUUGUGUAAGGCAGCCGCAGGCAAGCAGUGUUAUUUUUGGGGGUGACACUAAUUUGAGGGACCAUGAGAUCCAGUCAAUAGGCGGCCUUCCAACGGGCAUCGAGGACAUCUGGGAAACGUGCGGUCGGUCUCCAGCCAGCUCUUACACCUGGGACAUGACACUCAAUGACAACCUCGACUGGGCCCAUGGGGCGACGAGACCACGUUGUCGCUUCGACCGCAUCUACCUACGACAGUCACAGCCGCCGUACCUCAAGCCUGCUACAUUCAACCUUAUCGGACAGAAUCGAAUGGAGGUCUUGAGGUGCUUCCCAAGUGACCACUGGGGACUAUUGUGCGAGUUUAGUGUCAUGCAAGCACCGUGAAGUGUGGCCCGGUCCCAUUCCCCCCCCCCCCCCCACACACACACACACACAUGUGCCUGAAUAUGUCCCAGUGUUGCUAUGGGCAUUAAAUAUAUGUUCGUAACAUUGUAAUGCAACUUGUGAUAAACUUGGCCCUUAAAUAACGAACUUUGUUUUAGAGGAGUAAAUGUCAGCAUACACUUUAUGUUCCUGUCAAAUACUACACUGGCAAUAAUGAGUAUGGUCGCCCAGUGUUGCUAUGGCCAUCAAAUAUAUGCUUGUAACACUGUAAUACGACUUGUGAUAAACUUGGCCCUUAAAUAAUAAACUUUGUUCUAAAU